GACACACACAAUUUACAAAAACCGCUUUUUCUUCCUUAUCUUCAGCUAAUGUAAAAUUUUAAUCCCACCAUCCCACAACAUUGCCACCUACCAGUUGCUGUAGUUUUUGGUUUUUCAAAUCUUGGGGUGGUUGAAAUUUUUAAACUUUUCUUGAUUCAAUUGCAAGUUUAGUGUUGAAUGAAUACUUCUAAGAAAAGGGUACCUUUCAACUUUUUAAACACUUCUUCGUCAUGCAUCUCUGUACUUUUCCCCUUCUCUGGUCUGUUGCAGUUGUUGAAUAGGUUGGAUUGGAUUCCCCUUCAAUUCUGGGCAUCAGCAUGUACCAAAUUUGAGAAGUGUAUUAGGGUUAGCUAGGGAAGUAGAGGAUCUACACAAAUUUGAAUGGGGCAUUCUGCAGCUGUGUGGGACUAUAGAGCAGCAGCUGAAAUUACAAAGGACUGGAAUGGCAUUGAUCAAAUUGUGCUUCGGACCCCAAGAGGUGCUUCGGCAAGGGUAAGCUUACAUGGAGCACAGGUCACUUCAUGGCGGAAUGAGCAGGGGGAAGAACUUCUAUUCACAAGCAGCAAGGCAAUUCUCAAGGCUCCAAAAGCAGUACGAGGAGGAAUUCCUGUAUGUUUUCCACAGUUUGGAAACUCUGGAUCGCUGGAGCUGCAUGGUUUUGCAAGAAAUAGAAUUUGGGCAAUUGAUGAUAAUCCUCCUCCUCUGACUGCAAAUGAUUCCGCUGGGAGGUCCUUCAUUGAUCUGCUACUGAAAUCAUCCGAAGAAGAUAUCAAGUGCUGGCCACAUAGCUUUGAAUUCCGUCUUCGGGUUUCUCUUACGACAGAUGGGGACCUGACUUUGAUAUCCAGAGUCAGGAAUAUAAAUGGCAAGCCAUUUAGUUUCUCAUUCGCUUAUCACACUUACUUAUUGGUUUCUGACAUUAGUGAGAUAAGAAUUGAAGGUCUGGAGACACUUGAUUACCUAGACAACCUUUUCCACAAAGAACGAUUUACAGAACAAGGAGAUGCAAUAACAUUUGAAUCUGAGGUGGAUCGAGUUUAUCUUAGCUCUCCAGAUAUAAUUGCUGUUCUGGAUCAUGAGAGGAAGCGGACAUUUGUCAUACGAAAGGACGGUCUCCCUGAUGUUGCUGUGUGGAAUCCAUGGGAGAAGAAAUCAAAGUCGAUGGUGGACUUCGGUGAUGAGGAGUACAAACAGAUGCUUUGUGUUGAUGGGGCAGUAAUAGAGAAACCUGUGAACUUGAAGCCAGGAGAAGAAUGGACAGGGCGGCUGCAGCUCUCGGUUGUGCCAUCGAGUUUUUGCAGUGAGCGUCUGGGUCUUGAGAGAAGUGGUCUUUGAGGAAUUGUACAAAGUCUUAUCAAUAAAUGGUCUCAGUUUCUGUAGCACUAAGUUGUAGAAAUAGUGCACUUUAGGAGUAUCAGGUUUUUUGGUGUGAUCUUAGGCUAGAAGUAGUGCUUUUAGAAAAGCCUAUGUUUUUGUGAGAAUGGCUUUUAAUUUUCAGUUCAUUUAUAUAUAUUUUGUGAAAUUUUGGAGGUAAUGACUAUACUUGCAUCCACAAAUUACCAAAAAAA